AUGGAAACCGUCAGUCAAUACGUCAAGUCCGCCUCAAACGUCAUCUGGGGCGAGAACACCCCAGAAGGCCAGAGACUCGCCGCCCAGCAAAGCGAAGAACCCAUCUCAGGCAACACAGAACAACCCGGCACAAUCCCCACAGAAGGCGGCAACACAGCCCCGCAAGAACCAAUCCUCUCCAACAAACACACACCCCAAGGCGGCACCUCCACAACCCACGCCGACCCAUCGACAGCCAAGUCCACAGAUAAUGUGGACGUCCCCUUCUCAACACCGGCUGGUGCUGGAACAAGCCUCAGCACCAGUACCGGUGACCACGUCCACGGCAGUAGUACCAGUACUGCAAAGCCAACUAGUGCUGCUAAGCCGGUAUCCGGGGGCGGCUCAGCCGUGCCCACUGGUAGUGUAGAAGAUGACGUUGGCGCCAAGGAGCAGCGCGGUACGGAUACUGUGCAGUCUGGUAAGGAUGAGGCGCAGAGCAGUGCCGGUGCCUCGAAGUCUGAGGGUGAGGGAAAGAAGGACGAGGGCGAGGCUCGUCAUUUCGCGAACCCGCAGGGUGCGAGCGAGGAGGCGCUUAAGGGGCCGCAGGGUCCGGCGCCGAAGGUUGCUGAGGACUUUGAGAAGGAGUCUAAGCGGAAAUCUGUUGGUAUUGGUGCUAAUGAUGCUUCGACUGAUGCCAAGGAUCAUGCUCAUGGUAAGACUGGGCAGUCUGAGCAGAAGCAUGGGGCUAUGUCGAAGGUUAAGGAUAGUGUGAAGAAGCAUCUUCAUAAAUCUUCAUAA